CCAUAUCUCUUCUCUAAGCUCAUGAUCAUCUGCUUGAUCUUAAGUCUAUCCUCUCUUUCACAUAAAGUCGCUUUAUGAUUUUCUUCAUCAUAUUCUUCCAUCAUAUAUAGAAUCAGCUUCUGAACCUAAUUGUUCCAGGUUAUUUACAAAGCCAAAAUCCAAGUUCGUCAUAUCAAAUCUUCUUGAGAUCUUGAAUUCCUUAAAACAUGGAGAAACUUCUUAAUCCGUCUGAAAAGCAGUACAUGAAAAUGGCUAUGCUUAAACAUGAAGAAACUUUCAAGCAACAGGUAUAUGAACUUCAUAGGUUAUAUCAAGUCCAGAAGAUAUUGAUGAAGAACAUGCAGGUCAACAAGGGCAAUGAUGUAAAUUCAGGACUAGGAUCAUUCAUCAGAAGAGUUGACCGGCCGGCAAACUUUCCCGACGGAGGGGAAGCCGGUGGUAACGAUAUAGAUAUUAUGGACGAGAGUGAGAUCGAGCUAACGCUUGGACCGUCGUGUUACGGUGGUGAUCUGAUGAGAAUGAACAAGAAGAAAAGGAAUAAUUCUCCGCUGGAGAUGAUGGACGGGAAUUUAAAUUCAGGUCGCCGGAGUUUCUCGUCUUCUUCCACAGGCUCAAGCAAUAAUAAUCACAACAAUCUUGAAGAACAAGUGAGACAAGAGAGAUUGAUGAAACAUCAGAAGCAGAAGCAGCCUUGGCUUCAAGCAUUGACUUUGAAUGUUAUUUGAUAAUAAGUAAUAUUCAUGUUAACUAUAUUCUGAAAUAGAUUCGCAUUUCCCUUU